AUGUCGUCGCUGCAGCAGCACAAGUGCGCGGAGGCGGCGGAGCAGCUCAAGCAGGCGGAGAAAGCGCUGGCUAAACGCUCCUUCUUCCGCGGCGCGCCCGACUACCUGAGCGCGGCGCCGCUGCUGGAAAAGGCCGGCGAGCUCUACCGCCUCGGGGGCGACUUCGAGGCCAGCAAGCAGGCCUUCGCGCGCUGCGCCGACGCGCAGCUGCACAACCAGUCGCCGUUUCGCGCCGCGCAGGCCUGGGAGAAUGUGGCCAAGACGGCGCUGCAGCAGCUCAAGGCCGAGCGCGCAGGCGCGCACAGUGCCCAGCAGCGCACGGCCGAGGCCCGCAAGGCCUACGAGACGGCCAGCGGCUGCUACGUGGACAUGGGCGAGCUGGGCAAGGCCGCUGACGCACUCGUGAAGGGCGCGCAGGCCUGUGAGACUCACGGCUGUGGCGCAGACGACGUGCUGCCGCUCUACUGGAGGGCGUGCGACCUGCUGGAGGCGCAGGGCAAGCCGCACUUCGCUGUGGAGACGUUCCGCAAGACGCUGAGCUUCCUGGUGAAGAGCGGCAAGAAUAGCGACGCUAUCAAGCUGCUGGACCGCAUGGCGGCGCUUUAUGAGGCGAUGGACCAGCGCCACAACGUGCACAAGGCCCACCUGAGCCAGGUGAUCCUGCAGUUGGCCUCGGGCGACGUGCCUGCCGCCGAUGCGCUGUACUCGCGCUGCCUGCAGGACGACUCCUUCUUGACCUCGGACGACUGCGCGCUCGCGGAGGACCUGGUGCGCGCCUUCAAGAUGGGCAACGAGGAGCUCCUGCAGGCCACGGUGCGCAAGCCCGGUUUCAUGGCGCUCGACAACCAGAUCGGACGGGUCUGCCGCAAGUUGUCGGUGUAUGGAUCCGGACAUGCCGCACCGGCGCGGCCUCAGCAGCACCAGAGACCCGCGCCUUCCAGUGCGGGAGGCGUGAGCCAGCAGCAGCCGAAGCAGAGGAACCCGUUCGCACCAUCCGCUCGCGCUGCCCCAGCGCAGCGCAAUCCCUUCGCUCCUACCUCGCGGGCCCCAGCUGCAGCUGCACCGCCAGCUCCAGUGCACGCACCGUCGUUGGAGUCCGAAUACGACGUCGGUUCGUCUGAAGCACCGACGGCGUCCAGCUCCGACGUUCGUGACAGCGAUUACGAAGCGGCGUUGGUGGAAGCACUCGGCGAAGUCAACGUUUCCAAGGAAGAGAAGAAGCCUUCAGCUUCAGCACGAGCCCCACGUGCACAGGAGGAGCAUGCUGUGAAGCCUCAGCAGCCUUCAUCGCCAGAAAUCAGUGGCGAUUCUUCCAGUUUGUCCCCGAAUUUGGCGCCGUCUCCGCCUCCUGCAGCAGUGCGGGCUAGCGUGCGUAUGGAUUACGAGUUUGACGACCUCGAGUUUGCCAUGCCGGACUCAGACUCGCUCGAAUUCUCGAUUCCUGAAGCGGCGGCGCCCGCCCCGAAGGUUAAAGCUCCCGUGCCAGAGUCCAAGCCCGCGCCCAAGGCGGCGGCACCUGUGUACGACGAGUUCGAUCUCACCUAG